AUGGAGAGCAUAAACAGCAGCAUGAGCGUGUUCGAUGGGACGACGGACUUCCGCGUGUGGAAGUCGCGGCUGGAGAACGAACUCAUGCGCUACCAUCUUCUCGGCUACGUGAUGGUGCGCGGCUACGACGGAAGCCAAUCGUUCACUUAUAAUGGGGAGGAAGUGCCUCCCAGAACGCCUAUAAUCCACGUUGACGACGAGCAGCACCAGUCUCUGAUCAAGGAGGAAACAGCGCCGAGGCCAAGGGGAUCUUGCAACGCUACUUGCACCCAGAUAUGCUUUGUGCACUGUACGACAACCGCAGCAGCCCCCGGAGCUCCAUGA